AUGUCUUCUAGAAUUAAGUUUAUCUUAAAGGGAUUAAUUAGUUCUAGCCAGUCUACCUUUAUAUCAGGGAGAUAUGUUCGAUAUAAUAUACUUCUAGCUCAUAAAAUUGUUAGGAAUUACCAUAAAUCUGGUGGUAGUCCUAGGUGUGCUCUUAAAAUAGAUCUUCAAAAGGCUUACGAUACUUUCAGUUGGGAAGCUAUUGCUGUUGUGGUGAGGAAGUUUGGUUCCCUAGAGAGAGGAGUGGGACAGGGGUGUCCUAUGUAUCCUUAUCUGAUUGUGAUGGUAAUGGUAAUGGAGGUCUUAAGUGUUUUGUUACAGCAGCAAGUUCUUUAUGUCAAUUAUGGUUUACACCCUAAGUGCAAGGGAACAACCUUAACACAUCUAUGUUUUGCUGAUGACACUCUAGUUUUCUUCAAAGGGUCUGAUCUUGGAAGAAAGCAUAAUCCAAUCAGUUGGAUCCAGAUAUGCACUACUGAGAGAGAUGGGGGUCUGGGUGUAAGAGACUUGGAACAAACAAAUAUUAGUGCUAAUUUAAGAUACAUAUGGGACAUAAAUUCAGGUAAAGACACCAUUUGGACUAAGUGGAUCCAUACUAAUCUUAUUAAACAGGGGGAUUUCUGGUCUUUGGUUGUUCCAAAGGAUUACUCCAGGACCUGGAGGAGAAUACUUGAAUUCAGAGAUAUUGCUAAACAAUUUACGGGUACCUGCCUUGGUAAUGGUAAAAAUACUAGCUUAUAUUAUGGCUUUUGGCAUCCCAAUGGCAGGUUAUGUGACCAGAUGGUGGGUGAAUGUCUAGAUACUAUCUGCCCCAAUAAAGAACUAAAAGUAGAUCAUUAUAUGGUUAAUGGAAUUCCUGAUUUUACAGAGUGUAAUCAUUGGCCUCAUUGUGAUGGGAGGAAUAUACUUUAA